GUGAUUUUGGUCUACGUAAUAUUAUGUAUUCUCCUCUAAGUAUUCAAACUAUUUGCAUGCAUUAAGACUGUUCUAUACAAAUAUGUAUUUUCUAUAAAUAAGAAUAGUAGGUAAUUUAUUAACUAAUUAUAAUUAUACUUUAUUCUAAUAGUAAGAAGGAGGUAGCUCUGGAAGGUCGUAGGGAGGUGGCUUAUUUUUGUAAGGGGGUGGAAGAAUUAUGAAUGAUUCUCUGAUUACAUGUCUUUCCAUUGAUAAAGAACUUAUACUAUUCCUCCCUGUUGAACUCUCCGAUACUGAUGGACGUGAAACGGUUGAUUCAACAGUUCUAAUUGUAGGCGAAACUGUAGUUCUCGAUAAAUUCUUUGUUCCGGAAUUGCUUGAAAAUACUAUAAUUGUUGCUAUUGAUGACAGUAUAGAUGAAAUGACAGCUAGACCAUGACUUCUUCCCAUUUUCAGAUUCGAUUCGGGUAUUUUACUCUUUAUUAGCGGAAUGUACAAGAUCCAUGAUAAGAACGUAAAAAUGCAGGCUAUAAUACAAAAUGAUCCCAAAAGCUUUUUAUCUUUAGGAUAAUAAUGUUGACCGGACAAACCAGAUAAAAUGGCAAUCAAUUCUCCAAACAGGAUAAAAGCUAAACUUGAAACCAUAAGGACUUGAAUAAAUCUUAACCAAUCUAUAAUAAAUAUUUGAAUGAAUACUAUAAUACUUGAAAAUAUAAAGAGGCAAAUAGAAGAAUAUACAUGAAUAAAGAAUAGAGAAAAAGUUAUAGAAGAAGAGGAAGAAGACAGCUUUAAAUAUUUAUUUAAAAUUGCCUUACGUGGAAAUGGUUCAAUAUCGGAA